CGAUGUCAAAAGAUUUAACCCAAUUGAAAUUCUCUCAAGCGUUACCUAUUUUGACAAAAUUGAUUGAAACUGAAUCAUUUUUAGAUGCAUUUCAAGAUAUCAAAGAAAAACAAGAAGAAUUUGAAUUAAGAUUACUAGAUGAACGUAAUCGAUUAAAAAAUGAAAAUGAGCGUACUAUCAAACAUGCUGAUUCAUCUGGAAAAUCUGCAAUAGAAAUCCGACGAUGUGAGGAUAAUAUGAAAAUCGAGUUAGAAAAAUUCGAUCAAUCAGCUUUAAUGAGAUGGGAUAGUUUGAAAUCUCAACAACAACUUACUUUACAAAACCUAGGAGUACCAACUUUUUGUUUAACAAAAGAUCCAAUCAUUUUAAAACGACAACAACAAGUUUUAGAAGUAAUCAUAAGUUCAUUAAAUGAUAGAGAAACUAAUCUAGAUUCAGAAGAAUAAAUGAUCACGAAAUAAACUUUUUUCAUUUAUUUUCAAUUCUGAUCUUAUAAGUUUUCUCUCUGUCAUUGUUUGAGAAGAUUUAUCAAAGUGAUAAGUAGGUGUUCAAUAUCAUAGAUCUUUUACAUCAUAAGUCCUUUUUUUUAUAAUGCGGUCAUUUUUUCUUUUUUUUCAUAGACGUGAGGGUUUAGGUCUUUUUAAUAUGUUCUUUUUACUUUAUCAUGAAAAUCCGUUUGGUAUUUGUAUUGAUAAUUCAAUAGGAUAAAGAAAACUAAUUUCAAAAAUUC